GCUGCUACAUUGUGCCAUAGUUUCUCCAUAUAACUCCACGUAAACACAAUCCAACCUGUGGUCGAAUCCCAUUUCCUUGUUACACACAUUCAUUCGUCAACACUCGCCCCUUUCCGUAAACUGCGAGAAGCUUGUCCCGGAAUGACAAGAGCUGGCCACGAAUGAAUCACUUCCUGCUUCUCAAUUUCCCUCAACACGAGGUAAGAUGGCGACCUCCCAGAAGUUAACAGAACACUUCCUGACAUGCACGAUAUGUACAGAGGUGUUUGACAAGCCCUGUACACUUGUAUGUAAUCACACCUUCUGUCGGAAAUGUGUCGUCAGCUACACCAAAACCAGACCAGAAGCCAUCAGUGCCAAGUCUCUCCUGUGUCCAUUCUGCAGAAAGAUGACGAAAGUGUCUGCCCCUGAGAGACCAGCGGAGGAGUGGGCGGAUGAUGUCAAGCCUAUCUUUGUCAUCCAGGGACUCUUGGACUCGUUUGGUCCCGGAUCUAAAGACACGACCGACUGCAGUUAUUGCAAGAAGGGAGGGGCGACAACUCCAGCUACAUCAUGGUGUUUUGGCUGUGACGACGCACUCUGUGAGCCGUGUAUGCAGGUGUACAAACGAAUCCAACCCUUCCGUUACCAUGACGUAAUUAACCUGUCUGGAGAGACAAAGGUUAGGGCCAAGAGUAAGGUCAUGAAAGCAGAAGUGCAAGCUGAAUUGAAGGACACGUUCGAGAAGAUGAAAAUGGAGAGGACCAACCCAUACCAGGGUGUGAAUCUGUAUGUAAAAAAUCUGGAUCAUGAGGUCGGCGACUAUAGACUCUGGAACGAGUUUCGCAAUUUGGAACCAUCACCAGUGCUCGAGUCAUGA